AGUGCUGCUGAAGCUCAAAAACUUCAGCACAAGUUGUGACAGACAGUCCUGACGCAUCUGAUCCUCUCUAGUGACCUGAAGAGAUGUCUGAAUUAGGCUCCAUUGAAAAUCCGGUCAAGUUCAAGGAUCAAGACUAUGAAGUCCUUCUGCAGAAGUGUCUCAAAUCCGCAGUUCUGUUCUCAGACUCAGUGUUUGCAGCGAAUCAAAGCUCCCUCGGUCUCCCAGCGGAUCCAGAUCCCAAGAAGGCGGUGAAGUGGCUGCGCCCUAAGGAAAUCACCAGCAAUGCCGUCUUUGUGGAAGGCACCAUGGGCACCACCGAUAUCUGCCAGGGCCAGCUGGGUAACUGCUGGCUGUUGGCGGCCCUGUCCUGUCUCACCAUGCAUCCAACUCUGUUUGAGAAAGUGGUUCCUGCUGGACAAAGCCUGAGUGAAUCCUAUGCUGGCAUCUUCCGAUUUAAGUUCUGGCAGUAUGGUGAGUGGGUGGAGGUGGUAGUGGAUGACAGGCUGCCUGUGAGAGAGGGCCGUCUGCUUUUUAGCUACUCUCGCACCAGCAACGAGUUCUGGAGCGCCCUGGUGGAGAAAGCUUAUGCCAAGCUGAUUGGUUCUUACGGCAGUCUGAAGGGCGGGAUUAUUUCAGAGGGAAUGGAGGAUUUUACUGGAGGAAUUGCGUACUCUCUUCCAGUAUCUUCACGACCUCCGCGCAUGCUGUGGAAAGCCAUCACCGCAGCACUGGCCCGGAACAGCCUGCUAAGCUGCUUCAUUCAUGCCACCACUGUGAAGGACAUUGGCACUGUGACCCCAGAGGGUCUCAUCAAAGGUCAUGCCUAUGCCAUCACUGAAACAGGCAAGGUCAAGAAGGCAUCUGAAGAGGUCUUUCUGCUGAGACUGCGUAACCCCUGGGGUUUUGUUGAGUACUGUGGACCCUGGAGUGACAAGUGUAAAGACUGGGACUUCGUAGACAAUACUGAGAAGACGAAACUUGAAUUGGCCAAAGUUGAAGAUGGAGAAUUCUGGAUUAGUGUAGAGGACUUUUGCCGAUUUUAUAAUACAGUGGAGAUGUGCAGUGUUGAUCCGGACUCUAUGUCAGGGGAGGAGAGUGAAGAUACAAGCACCCCAUCCUGGACACUGAGCUCACAUCAGGGCACCUGGGUCCCAAUGUGCUCUGCAGGUGGCUGCCGACGAUACCCAAAAUCUUUCUGGAAAAACCCUCAGUAUCAGAUGAUUCUGUCUGAGAAAGAUGUGGAUGAUCAUGAUUAUGGAGAAGGUGAGGAAGGAGAUGACGGAGGGGAUGGAGAAGAGGAUGAAGAUGUCAGUUUGCUGCCUCCUGUGAGCAAGACCGACAAACCGGGAGAGAAAAAGAAGAAGUGCACAGUGCUGGUGGAGCUUCUCCAGAAGUACCGCAGACAGAAAGAUAAAGUCAACUUCCUCUACAUCGCAUUUCACAUCUACAAGGUUCCCCCUGAGCUGAAGGACAACCCUGGAUCUCUGGACCAGCAGUUCUUCUCCAACAACCGUGCGAUUUCUCGCUCCGGCAAGUACCGCAGCAUCAGGAGCGUCUGGAGGAAAGUUCACCUGGAGCCCGGCAGUUACGUCAUCCUGGCCUCCACUUACAGACCCAACCAGCAGGGGGAGUUUUUCCUCCGCAUUUACACCAAAACUGGCAACAUACAAGGCUUUCAGGAUUUCCCCUGCACCAACAACUACUCUGCGAUGGUAAUGUCAAAGCCAGUCUUACCUGAGGAUCAGUACAGAGUGCAGAAGUGGUUUGAAGAAAAGGCUGGAUCGGAUGAGAGAGUGAAUGCUGUGCAGUUUAUGAAUCUGGUCAACUCAGUGUUGGAAAAAGACUAUGAACUUCCCCUGGAGACCUGCAGACAGCUCAUCUUUGGAGAAGAUACUGGUGGCCGAGGCCGUCUGGACCGAGCUCAAGCAGAGAAGCUGCUCUCCUCCCUCCGCAAUCUGCAGUCUAUCUUUUUUCAGUUUGAUGAGGAUUCGUCAGGAACGAUGAGUCCGUUUGAACUCAUUUUGGCUUUGAAUGCUGCAGGUGUGGAGUGUGACAGUGUUGUGGUGCAGAUGUUGUGGGAAAGGUUUGGCGCUGGUGAACAGUACCUGCCCUUCUAUGGCUUUGUGUCUUGUGUUGCCAGACUGCAGGUGCUCUUUGAUCUUUACGAGUCGGAAACCAACCAGGAGGUGAAGGACAAGGGCAUCAACGCUUGGCUGCUCAAGCUGUUGGCUGUGUGAGUCGACCAGACCCGACACCUCAGCGGGACAGACCUGCUAGGCCAAGCCUGCUCUGACGUCACCCACCUGGGCCUACGUCUUUUACAUGUCCCCCCUCUUCUGUCUCAUUUGUGAUCUGCGGACCUUUGCCCUGCAGUAGCAUCCACCCACUCACUGCUCCAUCAGUUGGGGUCUAGUAUGGCCAUGUACUGCCUGGAUACAAAACAUUUCAGCAUUUUGUUCCACUCAACCCCACCCAAACACGAUAUGUGGGUGUUUAUCACAUAUACAUUACAGGUGAAAGAGCUGAGAUAUUUUAAAGGAAUAUUUAGCAUGUGAAUAAACAUUCUGUCAUCUUUAACUCACCAUUAUGCUGUUCCAAACCCGUAACACUUUCUUUCAUCUGUAAAACACAAAAGUAGAUGUUUAGUGGGAUGUUCAGGCUGCCCUUUUACUAUACAACAAAUUAAUAAAAAUGGGAGACAUACUGUAUAUCAA